UGUAUGGUAAAAGUUAUGAUUGAAGGUUUAAAAUUAUUUAUGGAAAUAGAUACUGGUUCAGCUGCUACCGUCAUCAGCAAAGAUGUUUAUUUAAAGAAUUUCAAGUAUUUAUCGAUUACCAGAUCUCACAAGAAGCUGAUAGUGGUUAAUGGCGAAAAACUCUCUAUAUUUGGGGAGAUUUCGGUGGAAGCUACCUUGAAUAAUUUAACCUACAAGGGAAAGUUAAUUAUCUUGGAUUGUGGUAUAAAUUUCACUCCUUUACUUGGACGGGACUGGCUGGAGAUGUUUUAUCCUGACUGGAGAAAUAACUUCAUGGCCGUGGAAUCAGUGAGGACUCUAAAAUCGGAUAUUAGUCUGGAGCAAACCAUAAGUUACAAAGCGGAUCUCACCUUUAAGUCAAAUCAGCCAAUAUUUAAGCGUGCUUAUGAGGUUCCGUUUAAAAUCAGAGACAAAUUCGUUGCUCAUUUGGACAUGCUGGAGAGUCAGGGAGUUAUUUCACCGAUUAAGGCUAGUGAGUGGGCGUCCCCUGUGAUAGCAGUUCUGAAAAAGGAUAACGAUAUCAGGAUGGUGAUUGACUGCAAGGUUGCCAUAGGUAGUCAUGUUCUUAAGGCACACAAACAUCAGCUCAAGUUGGCUCCGGAGCACUUGGGCCGUUCUAAAGUGUUCAUUACUAGGAAUGAGACUGCGAAACGUAGACGAGACUCGGUGGACCUAGAGGAGGAGUUCCGAGGAUUUCCAGACGGACCUUUGACCUUGGAUGUAGGGGCACCGACGUUGGACAGACGGUUCCUCAGCGUGAGAAGCCCUAUCGUUACACGAUCUCGAAAAAACAGACUUAUUGAUUGAGAGUUACGGCGCGUUGUGCUAUCAAAAGUAUAGAAUACUAUCGAACUAAAAGAUUAUUUUAAAAGCAUGUUUUGCAAUCGAAAUAACUAAAUUAUUAAAUUGAUUAAUGCAUCAUUUAUCUAAAAAGGGAAGAACUGUUAUAUCCAGAGUCAUAAAUCAAAAGAAUUAUAUGAACCUUUCUAAUGAUUUCUUUAAAUGUUAAAAACUCAAGAGAGAGCGUUGAUCGCUCAGAUCUAUUGAAUAAAAUGAUCAUUCGAAAAGUAGCCACUGGCAAAGGUGGAGGCAUUACAAAUCUUGUGUUUUACUAUAUGGUGAUUACCCUAUUGUUUAAAUUGAUUAUUAUUUUCUACUA